CAGUUCAUAUCUGUAAAAGAAGAGGAAGAAGAAGACGACCCCCGUGAGAUGAAACCAUUCCAGAUACUCUACGACGCACUUAUUUUCACAAUGCUGUCGUAUGUGCUGACACGAAGUUUCUGCCAGGUUGUCACGGGAGUCCACCGCUGCUCUUACCCGACAUAUGUGUCAGUCCUUCGGGCUUUUACAACCUCAUCUCCAAAAAGUGGAGACGCGUCCGACAGUGCCUCAGUGGUGACCUAUUCUCAGCUGAAGACCAUGUUGUCCAAUCACAACAUUCAACUAUUUGAUGUGAGAAACCCUGACGAGUACCAAGCUGGACACAUUCCAGAUGCUGUCAACAUCCCACUCGGCAAUUUAGAAGAGUCACUCAAGUUGUCUCCUGCAACGUUUCAGCAGAAAUUUGACGUGAAGGCUCCGGGGAAAGAGGAUGAGAACAUAGUGUUUCAUUGCAGGAGUGGAAAGAGGAGUGCCCAAGCUCUGGAUAUAGCUCGUCAGCUGGGAUUCAGCAGGGCAAGACAUUAUAAAGGAGGGUACAUUGAGUGGGAAGAGCAAGAAAGAAAAUGAAUCUGCAUUGAAGAUCUUAAAGGGGGUCUGAAUUCUGUGCGUCAAUCCUAAAUCUAUAUUAAAAAAAAAAAAAUGAACUGCAGAGUGUAAAUGAGAAGAGACGCAGUGGCAUUGAUCUGUAGAAACAUUCACCACCUCUACAUUAAUUUGUUUUUCUGUUACAUACUGAGGUAUACAGUCAUUUUAUAAGUUACAAAUAUUCACAUAUUUUAGAAAGUAACCACAUUAUUUUCAGCCUAAAUUGAAAGACUACAUUUUGUGCCCUGUUACAUUUUAAUACUGGAUGAACCCAACAACUGUGUCACUACCAAUUAAUUUGCUCACUGUGUGCUACCAAAUAUUUCCUGUUUUAUUUACAAUAAAAUAGGAAAAUACUCUGAAUGUUAAUUUCCCUGAACUUAUUUGAAAUGUGAAACAAACAGUCAAACCCCUCAAAGGUUGACUUUGCUUAUAUAAUAAUAAUUAAAAGCAUUAUUUCUGCUUUGUCUUCUGCUCUUCAUUUACCAACCUAAUCGGAUAUAUUUUGUUAUUCCUGCAUAUGCCACGUUUGCUGUUUAUUUUCUUUAAUAUAUGAGAUUUCUGGCAAAGAGAUUAAUGUAAAAGGGCCUUUUGUUGAAUAAAUCAUUGACAAUUUCCAGC